AUGCGGCGCCCUCCCUCCCUCCUCCCGCCCGCCGGCAGCAUGAGCCCGUCCUUCCUCCUCCUCCUCCUCCUCCUCGCCCUGCCCGCCCGCGCCCGGCGGGAGCAGGUGCCCGGCGGGGCUCAGCGGGGCCGCAACGCCCCCGCGCCUUCCUCCUCCUCUUCCUCCCCGGCGGCGGCGGCUGGGCCGAGCCGCUUCCCGCGGAGCCGCCCGGAGCGGCGGCGGGGCCGCCUCUACUGCCGGGUGGGCAUCGGCUUCCACCUGCAGCUGCACCCCGACGGCCGCGUGGACGGCGCCCACGACGCGAGCCCGCUCAGUAUUUUGGAAAUAUUUGCUGUGUCUCAGGGGAUUGUAGGAAUACGAGGAGUUUUCAGCAACAAAUUUUUAGCGAUGUCAAAAAAAGGAAAACUCCAUGCAAGUGCCCGGUUCACGGCGGACUGCCAUUUCCGGGAGCGCUUCCAGGAGAACAGCUACAACACGUACGCCUCGGCCGUGCACCGCAGCCCGCGCUCGGGCCGCGCCUGGUACGUGGCGCUCAACAAGCGCGGCAAGGCCAAGCGCGGCUGCAGCCCCCGCGCCCGGCCCCAGCACGAGUCCACGCACUUCCUGCCGCGCUUCGGCCGCCCGCCGCCGCCCGAGCUCGCCUUCACCGUGGCGCUGCCCGACAAGCGGCCCGCCAAGGCCCGGCCCCGGCCGGCGCCCGCCCCGCCGCGCAGGAGCCCCGGCCCGGCCCGGUACCGCCUCAAGUUCCGCUUCGGGUAGAGCCGCCGUGGGCAUGCUGGCACCGAGGCGCCGGGCAACCUUCGGGGGACCCGGGUGUCCCUGCACGGGACACGGCCCAGCUCCGUGCCGGGCGCGGGGCCCGCUCUGAGCCGCACACGCUGCGAGGCGACCCCAGGACGUGCCGGGUCAGCAGCUCGGGCCGAGCGCUGCACGCUCCUCGGGCCAGCCUCCUGCUGCUGGACAACCAGAAAGGUACCUCUACAGCCAACAUGUUUUCUUAUCUCCACCAGUGACUCCUUUGACAAUCAUUUUCAUAGGAGAGAGAUGUUGGGAGCCAAGCGGUUUUGUUUGUUUUUCUUGCAUCUCCUUCUUGCUGCACUUUUUCCUCCGACCAUACCUCAGGCACCACGUAUCCAGGUCUGUCCCUUUCCCUUCUCUUAGAAUCCAGCUCUUCCCUUCCACAAAUAAAACAGAGAGACCAAGCCCUGCAAUUUCAGUCGCCUUACCUGCGGUGCCAGGUGGUCUUCAAACCCUUUGUUGGCAAUAAUAGAUGUGUGUAUAUAUUUUGUGACAAAUGCGUCACGAUAUGUGAUUUGGGGAGGGUGGCUGUUUGCAGCCCGCUCAUGGUAGUCUCUCUCGUUCUUCCCUGGACAGCUGCAGGAGCGAGUCUCUUCCUGUCCAUCCAAAUGUGGAUUUGAUGCCUGCUUUAAAAUACCUCUGCCCUGGUCCCGGGGCGUUCCUGCUCCCUGGAGGAGUCCCUCCACAGGUAUCCCCACAGGAUAGGGAGUCUGUGGCCCCCAGGUGCCCACUGGCUUUGUCCAAUGGUUUUUGCUGCUGAUUUAUUUUCUCACUCUCGAUACAUUUGCAGAGGCAGGGAGCAAGGUUUCUCUUGUACAGUGAGCGUGGCGAUGUGGCAAUAAAUGCUGUUCCAGCUGCUUGUCCCUUGGGGAGUGCUUUUCCUGCCCAGGAGGCCCCAGGGCCCUGACGCUGAGAUGUUUCCCUGUCGUGGUGUGAUCUGUGGAGUAGCUGUGCACAUGGAGUUUGUAAUCAGUGUUUAGCAGUGCUGCUGUACAGGCACUGGUAGCAUUGAACCUCACCGGUGAAGCCUUAAUCGGAGCCCAGGUGGGCUCAGGUUGGCAGGAGCCCUCAGGACCUGAGCCCCUCCAGCGUCCAGCAGCAAUAAUUAGCCUCCUCUCCGCAUCUGAUUGUGGUGUGAAUGGCUGUUCCCAUUGGAAUCGUGGUUCUUUGCCUUUGUCACCCUUCUGGCAGCCCCUGGUCGGACGCGUGUGCUCCACGUAGGAGGAUGGAUGGGGACGCUGGAAUAAAACAG